AUGCGCGAGUUCAAGGUGGUGGUACUCGGAAGUGGAGGUGUUGGUAAAUCAGCCUUGACGGUCCAGUUUGUUUCAAAUACAUUUAUUGAAAAAUAUGACCCGACAAUUGAAGAUUUCUACCGAAAAGAAAUUGAGGUCGAUGGGCAGCCGUGUGUAUUAGAAAUUCUCGAUACUGCAGGCACUGAACAGUUCGCCUCAAUGCGUGAUUUGUAUAUCAAAAAUGGGCAAGGUUUCGUGGUGGUUUAUUCAAUAACAAGUCAACAAACUUUCCAUGACAUUAAGACAAUGAGAGAACAAAUUGUUAGGGUCAAGGGCACCGAUCAAGUACCUAUUUUAUUGGUGGGCAACAAAUGUGAUUUAGUUCAUCAGCGGCAAGUCCGCGCAGAAGAUGGUCUUGGUUUAGCAGAAUACUGGUCUUGUCCAUUUACGGAAUGCUCAGCAAAAAGUGCGCAGAACGUGAACACAGUAUUUGCUGAAAUCGUACGUGAAAUGAAUUAUGUUCAAAAUAUACGCAUAAAACAGAGUCAGGGAUGUUGUAUAGUUCUGUAA